AUGACCUCCGAAGCAUCGCGUCCAGUGUCACCGACACCGUCACAACUACCACCCGUCCCUGGAUCGCCCGUCUAUUCUCUUGCAUCGACCACAAAUCCUCUAUCUCAGUUCAAUCUACCACUCCCACCGCCUCCUCGAUCUUCACAUGCUGUCCUCACAAAAGCCGACCUUGAAAACUCCCAGCAAGCUUAUUCUGAUCUCGUCGCCUCUGCAAAGUCAUACCGUCUUGCUCUCGCUGCGCUAUCAACCGCUGCGUCGACGUUCGGCUCAGCGCUCGAAGCAUGUGCCAGACUAAAAGAAGCUCGCGCUGAGGCUAUUGGGCCUUUUGGAUCGACCAAUAUGACGGCAAGCUUCUCAACCAAGGGCUCCUGCACCGCUGAUAUGCUCAUGUCCGCUUCUGGAGUGCACCAUCUCGUCGCAAACCACCAACAGAUUCUCUCCGAAACAGUAUACCGAUCCUUCGAAGUGCCGCUCCUUCAUGACCUGGAUAAGUGGCAAACCGUUAUUGACGACGAAGAGGAGACGUACAAACACAACAUUAAAGCGCAGAGCAGAGAGAUAAAACGGUUGGAGAAGGAGGGCAUGAAGUUACACAAACAGCGAAGGCGAGAUGUCGGACGAUUUAGAGCACAUUUAGUUGACUUGACUACGAAACUGGACGGUUUGACAACGUUACAUGCCGAUCAUGCACGAACACUGUUGAGAGAAAGUCAAGAGACGAGCGGAAGAAUCGUCGACGCAAGCUGCAGCCUUGUACGCGCAGAGGUGGACAUCUUUGAAAGUCUGGCAAGAAAAGGGUGGAGCGGAGGCGGUCUGGACGACCUUCUGGAAAAGGGACAGGAUUUAUUCGCAACCGAGGAAGACAGCGCAAACAUGAGUGGUGGUGGCGGCGACACACCAAAGCUCUUCUCGAUCCUCCCGCCCAAAAGCAUCCUCGCCGAUACAGGAUCAGAACUAUCCAGGAGCCACGCCAGAGGUGAUAGUCUCCUGAUGGAUACAGAACGUUAUCAGUCACUUGCCGCGUUGGCAUCAGAUACGAGAGCCGGCGGUGGAGGAGGUGACACCGACAGCGUCUUCUCCGCAGACUUUAACAGGCCACGUAACGCAAGGCCGUUCUCGCCUCAGCCCAUUCGUCGGAUCCCAACCGAUGUGACCUAUGAGUCGCUGGUUGGCCGAGCAGAAGGUUUAGAAAAUGAUGAUUAUGAGUUAAGCAGAUCUGAGCUACUUCUGCCUGUGGCGGAAUCAGAUGUUGAAACAGAGGAGAUGCAAAAUGGCCAUGGACAGGAUAAAAAUUGCGAGCAGGACAUUGCUGUCGAGCAAGAGGAGGAAACAAGAGGGCGGUCCGUAUCACCUGCUUCUACGGAGAAAAGACCAAAGUCGCCAGGACUGAUUACAGAUGCGAGCUCUGCAGCUGCGUGGAGCGGCGAUGAAGACAAAAGUCCAUGUUAA